AUGACCCAUACACACUAUGUUCACGCAGAAAGUAGAUUGUUGAAGGAUGUGAGAUAUAAAUACUUGUUCGUAGUGUUUCGUUGCACGUUUGGUCGUAAACGUAAAUCAGAAGGUCUGAAUGUGAUUAAAAAACCGUCUAAAUUUUUAAAUUGCCAAUCGAUGUUUCGCGUAAGAUUGGAGGGUCAACAAUACGUUAUAAAAUCUUACGACAUGACUCACAACCAUCCGUGUACUAGUUCGUGGAUGGUUUGUGA